AUGCUCACCCGAAUAGGGAGGAGCUACCAGGUAUUUUUCCACCAAGUGUACUUUUUUACUCGCACUGUGGCAUGUCGCUCUGCGUCCGCCGACGUUAUUGUAGAGAGUGAUAAGAAAUUCGGGCGGCCGCCGAGACAACAAUCGAAUGUAUCACGCGGAAGUCACAUGGGAAGCUACCUCCUCCUCCAGAGCACGCACGGCUCCCACGUGACCCAGAACCACGGUUGCAUCCCUGUGUGUGAGUCGAGUCGACCCAUAAGGCACAAGUUUCGAAGCACGUGUGGCAGGACAAACACCCCACAUCACGUGCCCUGUAUCUCCACUCAAGUUCGGAUCAAAUUCGGGUUGCUCGCGCGGAUGCCGUUCAGAUACUCCUCUUCCCCAAACCGGGUCGCAACCAGAUACCUGGCGAUGAGAUAUCGGGUCGUUUGCCCCCUGUGCCGACGCUCUGAACGGGUACCAAAUGGAGCCCGCGUUUCUUGUUCCUUGUGCCUCCGACGCCUUUCUUUUUCACAUUUUGACCCUAAGGGCCUUGACCCUGGGUCAAACAUCCAAUUGACCCAUUUGACCCAUGUCGUGACCCACUUGACCCACUUGACCCAUCUUCUGACCCACUGCACCAUCACCUCUGACGUGGGCCACGCCCUUCCGUCGUGGUAUGAUCUCGCAUACAGGUCCAUCUCACCACCACCACCACCACUUACACUACCACAACCGAUCAUCAUCUGA